AGACUCUAACGCUCAACAUCUGCUCAAAUUCGUACGCUUCGCUGAUUUUCAUACCCAAGCAUACCCCUGAAGCAUAAAAACGUAUGCAACUUCAAAUGCUUCCAACAUUGCGCUGGUAUUUGUCGGUAGUUACGGUUGUUUGGCGCGUUGCUAUGACGACGCCGCCGGUACCGGUGUUUGCGGUGUGCACGUCGAUGAUUUCAACCAUUCAUCAACAGAAAACGCCGAAAAGCGUGUUCAAUAACACAUAUUGCACACAAAAGCAGCAAAAUUUAAUAUUGUAACACUAAAAACAAUGAUUUUAAGUCCAAUGAAUGUUGAAUUAACCAAAGUGCAUUACUACGAGAGCUUCCGGAAGCAUCGCAACCGAAUAACACAUCCGGGGGCGGCCGAAAUGUGCGAAACCAUCGACAAUAAGAUAAAUAUCAAUAUAAAACGUAAUAUUUUCGGGCAGAAGUCAUGGACGUUCAAUGUCCAACCUAAAAAUGAGUUUAAAAAGCCAAAGAAUAAAUCUGGGAAAUUAUUACCGGUUAUUGUAACAUCCUGUGUGAUUUUUGCGCUUAUUUUGUCAGCAGCCAUUGUUACAGUGAUUUACAUGUGUAAUAUCCAUAAACAUAACCAACAUAACCAACAAAACAAUCUGAAAAUCCCUAAUAACCACAAUACAAGUCGAAUAUUAGUGUUUGAUCAUGCAGAGAUCAGCGUUGAGAAAGUUUUACACAAGAUGAAUUUACAUUCGCAAGAUGGCGUUAGUAAAACACCGCAUAAUGAUAUAAAAAUGACUGUUUGUGUCUGUGAAACGAAUGAAGUUUGUUUAAGACAGAAAGACGGGUUGCCUAAGUGUGUGAAAGGUAGAGAUGGACGUGAUCCAAGCGGAUGUUCAGGUUUAUGCGCGGUGAACACCGAACACUGCCGAUUGUUGGACAGAAAGUUGAUGGUGUAUGAAUGUGUGCAAAAUGGCGGCGGGUUGCACUGUCCGCUGGGGUAUUUCAACUGUGCGGAUAGUUUAUGUCUGCAUGUUGAUAAUAAAUGCAAUGGGAGGGUUGAUUGUGGGGAUUUGAGUGAUGAAAUUGAUUGUGCUUGUGACUUAUCUUUGAACUUCCACUGCGGUAAAAACACAUCCUGCUUACCAAACUGGAAACGCUGCGAUGGAAAACCCGACUGCUGGGACAACUCCGACGAACACAACUGUCUACCACUAAAUUCCUGCCCCACAGGACAAAUUUCCUGCUCAAAUUCAACCGGUUGCUAUCACUCCUCACAGUUCUGCGACGGCGUCUUCGAUUGCACCGACAAAAGCGACGAAAUCUGCUCAUAAACACC